AUGACUCAUACAUUUAUUCGAGAUAGUUUCUUUGGUAGGAUUGUUUAUCAUUUAUCCAAACAUAAGUAUUUUUCACAUAAAGAAGAGGCUGCUGAUUACAUAAUCCCUGAAAAAUAUUUAGUUAAUGAGUAUAAAACUACGAUCAAUGAUAUAAAUUCUGACAAAAGUGAAAAUGAAUUAAAUACACCAGAUUCAAAUGAAACUGUAGCAAAUCCAAAUCAAAUAAUAGUUACUUGGGAUAGUGAUGAUGAUCCUGAAAAUCCUCAAAAUUGGGCAACUGCUUACAAAGUGUUUUUCAUUCUUGAAAUCUCAUUUUUAACUGCAGUUGUGUAUAUGGCAUCAUCUAUUUACACUCCAGGUAUUCAAGAAUUGAUGGAAGAUAUGCAAGUUGGUCAUGUUGUUGCUACUUUACCUUUAAGUUUGUUUGUUAUUGGUUAUGCUUUUGGUCCAUUAGUUUUUUCACCAUUAUCAGAAAAUGCAAUUUUUGGAAGAACUUCAAUUUACAUUGUUACAUUAUUCAUAUUCUGUAUCCUUCAAAUUCCUACUGCUGUUGUUAAUAACAUCGCUGGUUUAUGUAUCUUGAGAUUUUUGGCUGGUUUUUUUGCAAGUCCAUGUUUGGCUACUGGUGGUGCAAGUAUUUCUGAUGUUGUUAAGUUUUGGAACUUGCCUGUAGGGCUUGCAACUUGGUCCGUUUUUGCUGUUUCGGCUCCGUCUUUAGGGCCAUUAAUUGGUGCUGCCCUUACUAUAGCUAAGAAUUAUCGUUGGUCAUUUUGGUUUUUAUGUUGGACAUCAGCUUUAACUUUCAUUGUCUUUUUAUUUACUUUACCAGAAACAUAUGCAAAGACAUUGCUUUACAGAAAGGCUAGGAGAUUGAGAGCUAUUACUGGGAAUGAGAAUAUUACAAGUGAUGGUGAAAUUGAAAAUAAAAGUAUGACUUUCGGGGAGCACGUUGUUGAGACUUUAUGGAGACCUUUACAAGUUACAAUUAUGGAACCAGUUGUUUUAUUGAUUGAUGUCUAUAUUGCUAUGGUUUACAGUAUUUUAUAUUUAUUUUUUGAAGUUUUCCCAAUUUAUUUUCAAUUCACUCGUCAUUUCACAUUAAUUGAAUUAGGUGCUAGUUAUUUGGUUGUUGGUGUUGGUGUUUCAAUUAGUUGCUGUAUUUAUAUUCCAAUAAUUCGUCGUUUAUUCACUAAACCAAUUUUGAGAAAUGAACAAGUUUUCCCAGAAAUUUUUAUUCCAAUGGCUAUAAUUGGAGCUUGUUUGAUGCCUACUGGUUUGUUUAUUUUUGGAUGGACUGCUACUACUUUUACACAUUGGUUUCCACCUUUCAUUGGUAUUGCCAUAUUUGCAGGUGGUGCAUUUUUGAUUUUCCAAACUUUAUUUAAUUACAUGGGUGCCUCAUUUAAACCAGAAUAUUUAGCUUCAGUUUUUGCAUCAAAUGAUUUAUUCAGAAGUCUUACUGCUGGGGCAUUCCCUUUGUUUGGUUCUGCAAUUUUCAAUAACUUAGCUACUCCAAGAUUUCCAGUUGGUUGGGGUACUUCAGUAUUAGCAUUUAUAACAUUGGCAAUGAUUGCAAUUCCAGUAUUAUUUUAUUUGAAUGGGCCAAAAUUAAGAGCAAGAUCUAAAUUUGCUCAAUAA